UACAUGGGCUUCAACGGACCUGUACACAACAAGUUCCCCUCCGCCGCUGCCCGAGAACCUCUCCUUUCCUGCCUCAGGCCGGCCACGGCUACAUUGCUUCAUGCAGCGUGCCGCUCUCACGAGACCUCGCCACGAGAUGAUUGUGUUGCCACCUGCUUGUUUGCACCCUGCACCGUUCCCGUCGCCUUCCCGCCUCUCGAGUUCGCCGCACGGACGCUGACCUGGAAUAUCCAGCUGCCUCGUUUCUCUAUAUAGACGCGACAGAACUAAUUGGUGCUCUGUCCAUUCCACUGUUGCUUUCUAUCUCGGCUUGCCACCAUACUUCAGCCGUUAGAUAUCAGCACUCACACCGCCAAGUCUGUGGACGGGUAGCAGCUGCCCGAAGAUGAGCGAUCAAGGCGCUGGUGGGGGAAUCGAGAGCCAUAUGUCGACUCACAGGAGACAGGAUUCCGGGGAGGAGCCGAUACCCACCGAGCCCGCCCCGGAGACGCGGAAUCCGCCGUCGGAAUCGGAUUCCGUAACCCUCUCACCGCCUCUCCAACAUCUCCCCCGCGGCUCCCGGAAGCUUAGCCAAAGUGGCUCGGACAGGGGGACGCAAGUAGUCGGGACUCCACAGGGACUGUCAAGGAACCCAUCCAGCUGCUCGACAGCCUCUAACUCAAGGCCACACACCGAAUACCUUCCGGGACGCACACAAGGAUCGGACAGGUCACCGCAACCACCGACAGGUCAGAACAAUGACAACACCCACACAUCCCCCCAGCUAGAACCCCCAGUGACCAAGACGACGCUCAGCGAGCUUGAUGUACACAAAAUAGUGCACAAUCCCAAGCUGCGGCACGAUAUCAACUUCGAUCCCGAGCUGCAUUUCAGGCCGAACCUCGAUGGCGACAAGGGGAGGAAAAAGCAGGAGAAGGCAAACCAGUUCUGGAACACGCUGUUCGAGCAGCUGGUGCUGUUUGUCAUGGACAGGGAGACGUUCCACGCGAGAUACGGGUAUGGUGAUUGGUGUCUCCCGGUGCUGCUCCGGGCGAUCAGGGAGAUCAUCGAGACCUUGGUACCGCAGCGGGACCGAGAGCUUCUCAACGAGGGAUUGAACGUGGAGCUCCUGAUGCAGCAGUUUAACCGCGGCGUUGCCGACCUCGAGAAGCUGGCGUCGUGGUUGUCGAGUGUGCUGAAGCUGCAUUGCGCCCCGAUGCGCGACGAAUGGGUCGAUGAGAUGUACCAGGAGCUGAGCAACGGGAACCGCAACAACGACAUGGCGGAGCUCGUCAAGGGGAUGCGAAGCCUGCUCAGCGUGCUGGAGGCGAUGAAACUUGACGUGGCGAACCAUCAGAUCCGGUGCCUGCGUCCGGUACUCAUCGAGGAUACGGUCUCCUUCGAGCAGCGCUUUUUCAUAAAGAAGAUGGAGUCGAGGAAGCUCAGCAUCAGCCAGUCCAGGAUGUGGUAUCAGACAGCACGGGCGGAGAUGGAGCGGUUGUACGCCGGCUCGCCCAUGCCAUACCUACAUGCGUUUGGCGAGAUGUCUGUGUUCUUCGAGGCGCUGUCCAGGCUAGUCCUCCCCUCCACGGACCUGAAAGUCAUACCCCACACCUUCAUCUUCGACGAGGACCGGCUCCUCAAGCUCCGGUCGGAUAUGCACGACAGCAUCUGCCUUGAGAUCUGCAUGCGGAGGUACGAAGAGUUGGAGCGCCUAUCCAGAGUAACCCAGAUGUGCGCCCAGGUUCCGUCGUAUGCCAGCGAAGAGGCCGCAGGCAAUCGUUUAUCAGGCACCUUCAACUUCAUGGCCGCGGGCGCGUCACGUCCGUCCAGCCUCGCCUUCAGCGACCACGGCUCGAACUUCUCGUCGCCGCGGACGUCGGGCGGUUUCUUCGCACAGCCCGCCCCCGAUUCCGCAGACUCGCGUUCCAGGGCGUCAGAGCUCUACAACUCGCUCCUCGCGCUUCUCCACACGGCGGCACCGGCCAGCAGCCCAGCCGAGCGGUGGAAGGAGCUCGCAGGCGCGGUGGCCCUGCAGAUCCUGCGCUACGCCAACGCGCCCACCUCGCUUCCCGGAUUCGAGAACCAGCUCGCCGCGUGCCUGGACGACUUGAACUCGAGUAUCUUCCGCGAGGUUGAGUCCCACUUCCAGCAGCGGCUGAUCGCCGAGCUGGCGAGAAGGGUGAGCGAGUUCAAGAACCUGUCAGGCGUCGCUCUCUUCUCGGUCGCGACUGGCGGGGCCCGGGUCUUGGGGCACGGCCGGUCUCGCGAUCAGAGCCGGGCCCGCGUCAUCGGCCUGUUUGGCGACCAGCCACGCGAUCCCCGUGAGGAGGCCGGCGUCGACGACAUUGCCACCCGGCUGGCGCACCUCGGCAUCCUGCACUGGAGGGUGUGGGCGCCCCUGGCUUACGAGGGUGACAUUGAGAGCGAGCUUAACGCUGCUGCUGCUGUUGCUGCUGCCGCUGCUCAGAGCGCUGCUCUAUAAGCCGGCUCCAGACCUCGUUUACCAACUCUACUUCUCUCACGGACAUGCAACUUCCCGCAAUACUACCCUUUUAAUCAGCAACCCUCUGCGCAUCUGGGCAAAUCGGGGUUGCCACGCUGCUCAAGGGGGG